CCGCUUUCCAUCAUUUUGUAUAGCAUGCCGUCAUGCCAAAUUGAGUCUCUCUCUCUCUUUCUCUCUUACUCUCCCUCUCUCCAGCUGCGCGCAGGGGAGCGGCUGACGGAACAGACGCCGUAGUGUAGCUGGCAGCAGGCAGUCCGUUGGUCAGUAACGGAAAGCGGCACAGAUAAUAUCGGUUUGUCUCACGCGUGCCCCGCUGUUAAAACACUUGAUGUGUCUCUCUUCGCUGCUCUCAUCUGGAGAGAGGGAGAGAGAGAGAGGAGAGGGCAGAGAACGAGGAGAGAGAGAGAGCUAAAGGGAGGAAUAGUGAAUGAGAGGAGUAGACGGAGGAGGAGAGACAAUUAUUCCGUCUGGUUGCCUCUGUUCUAGUGACGAGAGAGAGUAGACAGCCCGAUAUACAGGCGGAUGUACCUUCCUACAACACGGCUCCAGACCAGUGGCUCACCUUCGCUCAACCUGCCCGCCCGGCAGCGCCCUCAUCCCGGCUAGAGGUAAAACAUAGACUCGGUGCUCUGGCUGAGUUUUUUUGUGUGUGAAAGCACCGGCGGAUGCCGUGAAUGUAUUUGCGGAAGGUCCAGGAGCUGUUCUGAAACGUCAUCUUCCCCCGUGUGUCCUGAUUGGUUUAGAGAUGUCUAUGUCAGCUAACCUUUCUGACCCUCUGUGAUUGGUGUAGAGAGAGUUCCACUUUGUCAGGCUGACCUUUCUGACCCUCUGUGACCCCUCACCAUGGUGACAUGACGGACCUUAGUGUUCCUCACCAAAUCCAUGUUAGAAACCCUUCAUAGAGACAUACACACACACACCUUGACACACACACACACCUUGACACACACACACACACACCUUGAUAAACACACACACCCUGACACACACACACACACACACACACCUUGACACACACACACACUUUAACAAACACACACACACACCCUGACACACACACACCCUGACAUAAAUACACCUUGACACACACACGUAUACAUCGCGACACACCCUCCAGGUAGUGAUGUCGUUAGCGGUGCAUGUCCGUCGCCACCUGCGGCGCUUCCUCCUCCUCCUCGCCUCCGGCUCCCUGCUAGGCUCCGCCUACUUCCUAUUCUCUAACUCCGCCCCCACCCUACAGCUCAACCAAUCAGAAGAGCACGUUGCUGCGGCCUGCUCCCUGCCAUUUCCAACUCCCUACAGAUCCCCCAACACACACACUGAUAAACACACCGUCAGACGAUCAGACCCCAUCACACACACCGACAGACGAUCAGACCCCAUCACACACACCGACAGACGAUCCGACCCCAUCACACACACCAACAGACGAUCUGACCCCAUCACACACACCGACAGACGAUCUGACCCCGACACACACACCGACAGACGAUCCGACCCCAUCACACAGACCGACAGACGAUCUGACCCCAUCACACACACCGACAGACAAUCUGACCCCAUCACACAGAACGACAGACAAUCUGACCCCAUCACACACACCGACAGACGAUCCAACCCCGACACACACACCGACAGACGAUCAGACCCCAUCACACACACCGACAGACGAUCCGACCCCGACACACACACCGACAGACGAUCUGACCCCAUCAGACGAUCCGACAGACAAUCUGACCCCAUCACACAGAACGACAGACGAUCCGACCCCAUCACACACACCGACAGACGAUCCAACCCCGACACACACACCGACAGACGAUCAGACCCCAUCACACACACCGACAGACGAUCCAACCCCGACACACACACCGACAGACGAUCCGACCCCGACACACACACCGACAGACGAUCCGACCCCGACACACACACCGACAGACGAUCAGACCCCAUCAGACGAUCCGACCCCGACACACACACCGACCCCCUCCCCUCAGUAGACCCAGUAGUAUUGGUGCUGGUAGAAUCACAGUACAGCCCGUUGGGACAGGACAUCGUCGGCAUCCUGGAGUCCGCCCGGUACCCGUUCAGAACAGAGAUCACCCCGAGGAAAGGAGACCUGCCAUCACUCACUGACAAGGGGCGUGGUCGCUACAUCCUGGUCAUCUACGAGAGUCUGUUGAAGUACGCCCACACCGACUCCUGGAACAGACAGCUGCUACACCAGUACUGUCUCCGUUAUCGAGUCGGAAUCAUCACCUUCCACAGAGCCAAUCAGAACUCUCCGCCCCUGCUGAAUCUCCGGGGUCUACCCCUGCUGCUACGGACCAAUCAGGCGCUCCGAGACGCCUCUGUGAUGUCACGUUCGCCCCUCCUCCACCUGACGCGGGCUGAUACGGACCGUGGACCUCUCCCCGGUGACGACUGGACCACAUUCACCUCCAACCACUCCUCCUACCAGGCUGUUGUCCAGGCACGGCCCAGGGAGGGAGGCCCCGGAGUGGGCAGCGGAGAUAAUCCAGUCCCUGGUUUCAGUCGGGGCCUACAGGCUACGGUGGUGCUGGAUGUGGGGCUGUUUGACGGGGUUCAGAGGGUCGUCUUCGGACACGGCCUGGGCUACUGGCUACACAGGCUCCUAUUGGUGGACGCUAUCACUUACCUCACGGACAGGAAGUUGUCGUUGGGGUUGGAGCGUCACAUCCUGGUGGAUAUCGACGACAUCUUUGUCGGGAAGGAAGGAACACGCAUGAAAACAAAGGAUGUUAAGGCCCUCCUGGACACUCAGAACCAGCUGAGAUCUCAAAUCACCAACUUCACCUUUAAUCUUGGCUUCUCUGGGAAGUUCUACCAUACAGGUACAGUACUGUCAGAACCAGUCAUUUAACUACUAACAGAACCAGUCAUUUAACUACUAACAGAACCAGUCAUUUAACUACUAACAGAACCAGUCAUUUAACUACUA